ACCACCCUCAACACAGUUUGAUGAAGGUCACCCAGUUGGACUAUGGGUUGAACCGUUUUAGUUUGCCGUGUGCAGUCAAAGAAGUUCCAGCUUUUGGUUCAACAGGUCAGUUGUGAAUUUGGUUCGCUUCAGUUCAGACGACAUUUUUCGUAGCUUGUCACUAGUAAUCUGACCCGUUCGCUGAAACAGAAGUAUAAGUGCCCAAUUAUUGUGCGACGAGUAGUUUAUCAUCUUGAGCCACGUGCGUGAAACAUAUUUCUAAUCGAAUUGCUGACACGGUUCAUUUGAAUAAUGGCAAAGACUCAAAUGAGACACUUGUUGGAUCUUUCCCUGGAGGAAAAACGCGCGUUUCUCGAUUCCUUCGACAUGCUCAUGUCGGAUUGUGACGGUGUCGUUUGGAACUUCACCGGUCCAAUUCCCGGAGUGGACCGGGCCCUGCAGCUACUGAAAGAGAACGGCAAAAAGUUAGCUUUCAUCUCCAACAAUGGAAUGCGCACAAUGGCGGAAUACACACAGAAGUUCCACAAACUGGGAAUCGAACCCCAGCAGCAUGACAUUGUACACCCAGCUUUGACGACGGUUAAGUAUCUCAAAUCGGUCAACAUGCGGGACGCGGUGUACUGCAUAGCUACCGAGGUUUUCAAGGAUUAUCUACGGAGCGCCGGAUUCACGGUACUGGAUGGGCCCACCGAUCAAAUCGCCGACGAGCGGAUUCCCAACGGAGUUCGGGUCUUCUCCGAGUACUUUUCGGAAGCCGACGGUCCCAAGGUAGGAGCCGUGGUAGUGGACAUUGAUGUGAACAUUUCGCUUGCCCACAUGAUGAAGGCCAAGUGUUAUCUGCAACAAAACCGUGAUUGUUUGCUCAUUGCUGGCGCCACGGAUUAUAUAAUUCCACUGGAUUCCAGCAUGGACGUGAUAGGGCCGGGAUACUUCAUCGAAAUUCUUGAACGUGCCAGCGGGCGGAAAGCGGUGGUACUCGGCAAACCGGGCCAAGCGUUGGCCGAGUUUAUUUUGGAGCAGUUUCACGUGACUCAACCGGAGAGGACGCUAUUCAUCGGUGACAUGCUUCCACAAGAUAUGGGAUUUGGAACGCGCUGCGGAUUCCAGAAGGUUUUAAUGCUCAGCGGAGGCACCACCAAGGAAAUGCUGCUGGCUCACAGCAAACCACAUGAGCUGCCAGACUUUUACGCGGACAGUUUUGCUGAUUUCAUUCAACUGUACAAAGAUGUAGCUAACUAGUUAAGGACGGGUAAACUAUUUUGAGCUUUAAUGGCUGUAAGCAUCUCAGCAUUAAAUUGCAGUUCCAGCAGAUAUUAAUCGAAUAGGAUGUGAUAUACAAAACUAAAACUUUCUGAUAGGUUUAUUGUGUUUCUGAUUACUGCUAAAGCUGGUCAUUAAGCUAAAUUUUAUUUGUCUAGUGUAUUUUAUCUUUUAACCCAAACGGAGACAUUGUUGGUAGAUGUAAUAACUAUAAUAAAAUGACUUGUAAACAAA